AAACAAUGCUGGAUUUGGAAGGUGCAACAAAUGUUUUCAAGUUUCAUGCAUGUGGGGGCGCAAGUUGGUUUUUUUCACUUCUUUCUCACCUAAACAACAACAACACAACAACAACAGCAACAGCAAUGACGGGUACAACGACGACGGUGGCUACCACUGCUGGUAAUUAUGCUGGUGGUGGUAUUAAUAGCCAUAUCAAAGGUGAAAUGGAACUAGCGGGAUCUGUCUCAUCCAAAAGAAAGUACGCUAUGGCGUAUAAAGGAACAGGCAGUGACACUGAAGACGAUGCUAUCGCAAAAAUAGCAGCAACAACAGCAACCAAAGAGCAACUUCAAGGAGUACUUGCCGACCAGGUGAUCAACCGUGGUAAAUCUGUCCACGACGUUUCUGAUUCUCUCGGUAUCAGCAGUAGCUAUGCCUAUGAGUUACUGAAUGAAUUUCAAGGUUACAGGCCGUGUGGUCCUCUGAAAAAACUACGGCGGAUAAAGGCGACGCUGGAUACCGAGCAAGCGGCUUUUCUCCGCGAUCAAAUUGACACGGACAGAACGCAUACGAUCGUCACUCUCAAGGAAAAGCUCCUUAGUCGAUUUCCGCAGCUACAUCCGAUGUCAAUGAAGAAACUCCAAGACUAUAUGGCCGAUAACUUGACAUUCACCGUGGAAAGACUCGUCGACGAAGAAGAAGAUCGGGGUGGAGACGAAAAAGAAGUGGAUGAUUUUGACGAUGUCGGCUUGUCUUCCCUUUCCUCUUCUGUGAUGAGUUCCAUUGAUCACCAUAGCCAAGAAAUCAAUGAUAGCAUUGACGACUACGUUUUUAUUGGAAAUGCGACAUACAUUCUGUACAAGGUGGCUUGCAAGAACACACCUCAUCUAGGCAACAGACGACCUGGGUAUUGCGUUCCUAAAAAACAAUGGAAACGAGUCUUUACUAUGUAUGCCGCUAUUUCUACUACCGGAGGAGUAGAUGCUUUCGAGGCAACCAUGGGUCCAUCGUCCAUCAACCCAUUAGUAAAACUUGUAGACCAUGUAACUAAAACAAAAUCGCCCUUCACGAAAAUAAUCGUAUCAUCGGAUUUGGCGCAAGAACAAGAGCUCCUUGAAAAACUACCAGGGGCAUCAUCAACACCGGUUUUUACCAGUCAUGCUGUAAACGAGUCGCGGGUACCAUCAUCAUCCUCAUUACUUUUAUCUACAGAGUGCUCAAAUCCUCUGGACAAGUUCUUUACCGAGUUUUGCAAAUAUCUCGAUCGUGGACCUUUAGGAAAACUCGAAACAUUUACAGAACGCAUGGAAAAGGCCGCGCAAUGCAUACCAAAGAAUAUCUGCCAAUCGUGUCUCCGAUCCAUUAGUACACCCAUAAACAAUGAAGCGAAAUUGUCUGGUGGUAGCGAUGAAUAUCGCUUUGAUGGCUCUAUACGGUAGCACAAAAGUGUAUCUAUUCGGCUACUGUUAUUUCCCCGCUUGACUAUAUAUUAUCUUUCUUUCUUUUUUAAAUAAAAAGCG